CCCUCAGUCAGUGAGCAGCUUAGGGCUUGUAGAGUACCGUGGUCUCCCCUUCAGUCCUCCUCCGGUUCUCUACUCCCGCUGCGGGAGCAUGUCCAGCGCUUGCUGAGUUUAGGAGGAGAGAAGAAAGGUGGACUAAAAGAGAAGAAAGACCCGACCGGGGACUGGGUGUUGUCUACGGCGCCAGGAAAGGAGGUGGCGGCGGCGGCAGCGACCACGGCCGCGCGGGACGUGAGGCCCGAGAUCAGCCGGCGGCGGUGGCCGCCGCUCCCGCGUCUCGCGCCGGGGCCGUUAGUCAGCAGAACGCAAGCUCGUGUGGAAGAGCUGGGCCGGGAAGAGACAAGACUCGGGAACGCGAGCUGGGCUCCCUCGGGCGCCGCUGUUCUAGCUCCCGGCGGCGGUGACUGCAGCAGCCCUCAUCCCCUUUCUUUGGCCGGGCCCGUCCGCAGGCUCUGGGGAGAGCCCGGCGGCCGGAGCGCGUGCCGCGGCGCUUUGGGGACGACCCCGAAUCGGUGGCCACUCUCUCCCGUUCUCCCCCGCUCAGCGUCUCGGCCGUGGCCGCUCCGGAGCAGAAGAUGAAUAAUCUUUCAUUUAGUGAGCUAUGUUGCCUCUUCUGCUGUCCACCUUGCCCAGGGAAAAUUGCUUCAAAAUUAGCCUUUUUGCCACCUGAUCCAACCUACACACUGAUGUGUGAUGAAAGUGGAAGCCGCUGGACUUUACACCUAUCUGAACGAGCAGACUGGCAGUACUCUUCUAGAGAAAAAGAUGCUAUUGAGUGUUUCAUGACUAGAACCAGUAAAGGCAACAGAAUUGCCUGCAUGUUUGUGCGUUGCUCCCCCAAUGCCAAAUACACAUUACUCUUCUCACAUGGAAAUGCUGUAGAUCUUGGUCAGAUGAGCAGCUUUUACAUAGGACUGGGAUCACGGAUUAAUUGUAAUAUAUUCUCAUAUGAUUACUCUGGAUAUGGUGCAAGUUCUGGGAAGCCAACAGAGAAGAACCUGUAUGCAGAUAUUGAAGCUGCUUGGCUUGCUCUUAGGACAAGAUAUGGUAUUCGUCCUGAAAAUGUGAUUAUAUAUGGCCAAAGCAUAGGGACAGUACCCUCUGUGGAUCUUGCUGCUCGGUAUGAGAGUGCUGCUGUUAUUCUUCAUUCUCCUUUGACCUCGGGAAUGCGAGUUGCUUUUCCUGAUACCAAGAAGACUUACUGUUUUGAUGCAUUCCCAAAUAUUGACAAAAUUUCUAAAAUAACCUCUCCAGUAUUAAUAAUUCAUGGGACUGAAGAUGAAGUCAUUGACUUUUCACAUGGCCUCGCGUUGUUUGAGCGUUGCCAAAGACCUGUGGAGCCUCUGUGGGUUGAAGGAGCAGGACACAAUGAUGUGGAGCUUUAUGGACAAUACCUUGAAAGGUUGAAACAGUUUGUGUCACAGGAACUGGUAAAUUUGUAAGAUAUUCUGUAAAUUUACAUACUGGGUUUUCUUUUCUUGCUGAACUGCACUCCUUGGUAAAUAACAUAAAACCUGAAGGUAUUGUUUGCAAAUCAUGUCAGUUGCCUUCAUAAAUGUACAGGUAAUGAUUUGUUAACAGACUUAAUGAAGGUUUUAAUUACCAGAACUAGAAACUGGAACUAACAGUAUCAUGCAGUCAGGCUGUGUAAUUUAUAUAUUUUCUGUCAUUUUUUUUAAAACAUCAAGAUGAGUACUGUAUGAAAUUUUAAUUCUAUAAAAUCAAAUGCUGUAAAAGUAUUGCCAAAUGCUUUUGCAUAUCAGAAACAAGUUUAUAAGUAUUUUUAAAACAUCUCAAUGUACUAAACCUUAACCUGGUAUACAAAUGUAAUAUUCUUUCAAACAACUGUAUAUCUAAAGCAGUUCGAGUACUCAGAAUAAACUGUAAAAACAAGGAAAAAAAUAAUGAAAACAUGAAAGGUAACUAGAGUUGAUCUAAACCCUGUUGUACAGGGAUAGAGGCUUACAGUGGUUAUUUUAUUGUAAAAUACAUUGACUUUUCUGUAUUUUCUGGUUACUAUACAUUUAUUCUUCAAAAAAAUGAAGUAAGUCUUAAUUUUUAUGCCAUCUGUUAACUUACCAGUUAGUUAUCUUAUAAAUGAGAAGUCAUGAUGGCACUGAAUUUAACUAGUUUGGUACUGUGAGGCAACUACUUAAAAGUUUGUUUAGUUAUUUAAAAGGCAUCUAGGGCUUCAGCAAUGAUUUUGUAUGCAAAAUUGUUUUCAAUUUUGACUGCUCUCAUAGAAUGUAGUGAUCUUCAUUAUAUGAAAAUGUGAAAAUCCAUUAGUCGUUCUUUAAGACCACAAGUAGACUGGCUCUUUGGUCCCUUUUCACUUUGGCAGUUUUUGAAAAUAGGACCUAUUCUUUUGGAUUACUAUCUGAGAAUUUCAUGGAUUUACUCCUGAAUAUUGGAGUUAAGAAAACAUUUAAUUCAUAAGUUUUUAUAUUAACCAGUAUAGUAAAAAUAAAGUAAAAUAAAGCUCACACACAAAAACAAAAACUAAGUUGCCUUUCCUUGAAUGAGUCCUGCCUGAAUAAAACAAUGAAAGAAAAUAAAAAAUAAACGGUAUGUAGUCUUAAUUUGUAAUGAAUGAAUAUUGACAUAAUACACACUGUGGAUAUAUUUUAAGGCCUUAUGUAGUUUUAAUUGUUCUGCUUGUUCUGUGGUUAUGUCUAAGACUAUAUGAUUCUCUUCAAAGUAUAUCAAGUAUUGUGAAUGCUUUGGUUCAGAUGUGUCAAAUUAACAGUAAAACAACAAAUGUACCACUCA